AGGCCCUGUGUAGUGGCAGUGUAGUGCCGGGUGUGCUGGUGGUGGGGCAGGAGCGGGUUCCCGGGGUAUCGAAACCCAAAGGAACAGGCGCCGGCGUAGGCUUGGAUACUUUGACUAGGGGAUUGGACUACCUUCUUUCUUCUUUUUAGAGGGACCACGUGCGUAAUCCAUCCGUCAGGAUGGAGGACCUGCUGUCGUGCAUGGUGUGCUGCGAGCCGUACCAGGAGAAGAUGCGGCACCCCGUCCUGCUCCCUCGCUGCGGCCACUCCUUCUGCCGGCCGUGCAUCGCGUUCAUGGUGAAGGGCGGCAACGUGGUGUGUCCCUCGUGCCGAAUGGACCAGCGCGUCGAGACCGCCGAUGACCUUCCGACGGAGUUUAGCUUGUUGGCCAUCACCGCCGCGCAGCAGGUGGCCAAGCUUGAAACGUGUCAGGUACAUGACGUCAAACUUUCCUUUUGGUGCAAAUCAUGCAAAAUGGCCACAUGUGGUGAGUGUCUGUUCGAGGACCAUCCCACUCACUCCCAUGACGUCAUCAAGGCAACAAGGUACAUCAUUGAGAUGAAGGACGCGAUCAACGACCUCGCCAACAAGUUCAUGGAGACGCUAGACAUCAGAGAGCGGCGGCUGUACGACAUGGUCUACAAGAGCGCCAAAGGCAUCAACGACGCCCUCCGCACCAUAUGCGUGCUGAGGAAGGACAUGGAGGAAGCCCGCGACCUCAUGAAGGGCGUGAAGAAGGUGGACGGCAUCGCCCCGACGACCAGACUCUCCGAAGCCGCCAAGUUCUUGGGUCUCAAGUGGAACCUCCACGACGCCAAGCUGGGCCUGGGUCCCGCGUCGCUCAAGAAGGACCAGGCCAAGGCUCAGGGCGAGAAGAAGGAAGCCGAACUUCAGAAGGAGGCCGAGGAGAAAAAGCAGGACUCUCCCGAAGAGAACGAGGAAGACAAGGGAAAGGAAGACAUCGCGAAGGAAGACAAAGAGAAGGAAGGCGAUGACAAAACGAAACAGGCAAAGGAUGGCGAGAGCAACGACAAAGAGGACGACGACGAUGAAGACGAGGGAAGCACGGACGAGAGCGAGGAAGAGGUGCUGACGGAGGAAGAGGUCAAAAAGCGCCAGAAGAUCCUCAAGGUCAAGGAAAGAAUAGCCGCCGCCGCUGCUGCCGCGGCCGCCGAGAAGGAGCUCAAGGAGAAGAAGCUGAUGGAGAAGGAGCGGAAGGCGGUGAAGGAGAAGAACAACAACGCCAGCAGCGAGCCCGAGCAAGUGCCGUCGCCCAAGCUCCUGAAGCCGUGGAAGAAGAGGCCCGUCGUCGCCCCCGUGUCCCGAGAGCCGUCCAUUACGCCCGAGAGGGAAGUGGAGAAGAAAGAGAAAUCCGAGAAGAUAGAAUCGCCGACAGAGAAGGAGGACGCGAACAAACAGAGUGACAAAGCAAGGAAAAGUGGAAAACGAAGACAAGCAAAAGAAAGAGGAAACCGAAGCCAAAGCAGAAAACAGAGAACCGAGCAACGAGAAGGAGAACAAGGAGACGAAGGAGACGGAAAACAACCCCCCAGCGAAGAAAGACGCGAGCCAAGAGUCCGCAGCCACCGACCCCCGAAGGCCGCCACCGAGCCUCCCAACGCCAGCCCUGCGAAGGACAAGGAGAAGGACAAGGAGAAGGCGAAGGAAGAGGCCGAGGCGAAGAGAGAGGCCGAGACCAAGAAGGAGGCGAAGAAGGCGCCCUCGACCGCCAAGAGACCGCGAGGGCGGCUGGCGAGACAGGCCCUGAAGAGAGCGCAGACGAUGGACCUGUCCAAGAGGGUGCAGGCCGACGGCGACAAGGAGGAGGGCGAGGCGGAGUCGCAGAACAUCAAGGGCCUCGACCUCGAAACAGGGAAGAGCAAUAAACCAGAAGAAGCUGAGAAUAAGGAGAACGAAGCAGGGGCGACAGGCGAGGCGAGGGAGGAGGCGAAGGAUGACAAGAAAGAGAAGGAAGAAAAGGAGGAGGAGAAGGCGGAAGAGGAGAAGAAGAAAGAAGAGGAGGCGAGAGGAGCCACAGCGGCCAAGGAAGACGAAGAAGGCGCCAUGUUUGAACUUGAUCCGGACGAGAAGGACAGGAUAGCGACAGAACUGAUGAUGGUACCGAGCCUAACGGUGUGCGUGGAAGGCCGAGGAGGGUUGAUGGCCCGCGUGCAGUGGGAACCCCAGGGGCUGCAUGUGUACUCCCACCAGGCGCAGGAUCUCCCCUACGACGUGUUGAUUAAGUCAAGUGUCCUGAACGCCCUCAUCCCCACCAAGUCCCCGACGGUGUUCCUGGACAUCGAGUACGAACAGCGUAUGUUGGGCCGCGUCUACAUCACACUGUUCGGCCACCUGCGUCGGGCCAGCAACUUCCUCCUGCUGUGCACGGGCGAGACCGGGGCGUCCCUGAAGAGCUCCAAGUUCUUCGAGGUGUGCAACCCCGAGGCGCCGGGCGAGAGGCUCAAGGGCGGCGACUACGAGUUCAACAACGGGCGGGGCGGCGAGGCGCUCGUCGAGGAGCUGGAGUUCGGGGGCGACUACGCGCAGCCCAUGGAGGCCGGCAUGAUCACCGCGGGCGGCUCGGGACACCGCUGCUUCGACUCGCAGUUCCUCAUCUGCACCGAGGGCGACCCCAACAGGAGCUUCGCCUGUCCCUUCGGCGUGGUGACGUCCGGACUCAGCUACCUGAAGGAGGCGGUGUGGCUGGUGGUGACCAAGGAAAUCUGGAUCGAAGAGUGCGGCGUCCUCCUCGAUGUGCCCAGGUUCUGAGGCCUUCCACGGCCCGCGCGACUUUUGACUCACUGACUUAGGACAUUUCUGUGACUGAGGACACUUCUGCUAUUACAUGUAAAGAUUUGUAUUAUAAAUAGCGUAGUACUAGUUUUCUAUUUUCUGUUGAUAUUCUCCAUACCAGCGACUACGUCUUGCAAAAAGAGGACUGUAGUUAGCUGCGACCACACGCGUCUUGUUGUGACUUCGUGUCGGCAUAAUGUGACAUUAGAUCUCUAGCUUAUACAUUCUAUACCUUGUUUCCCUAAAACUAAUUCAUCUUUGAGAGUCAUUACACCCAUCAUUUGAUAUAAUUCGAAGUCGUUUUCCUCCCACAUUAGGCUUCGUCUGUCGCUCUCUCUCUAUUCCCGUCGCGUCGUAAGUCAUUCAAUGCAUCUUUUUUUUUUUUAGAAAGGUAGUGAGUGCUUUUGUAUUCGUUCUCGCCAAGAGUUCAGGUCUGGGUGUCUGCUGCUGCGAGAGGUGUCAGGUCCCCUUCAUGAAAGUUCGUCGUGGCUUGUCCAUUAAAAGCUGAUCUGUC